AUGUCAGCCGACGUGCAAAGCGCGGCCGCACGCAUCUUGAAUGCUGAACCCACGCGCGACCCUAGCUACAACAACUUUACCUUCGCUCCUUUCCUCCGCAAGAGCUUCGGCUUUGGCCUCGCCACCGAUGUUCCCGUUUGCAAAGCCUACAGCGAAGGCCACUGCCCGCUGGGACCUGCCUGCCCGGACCGACACCCGACUCCCUCGCGCGUAACUACAUCCACUACCACUGCCUCCGGGUUGGCACCCUCUACGACACACGGCUCGCUUGUCUGCAAGCAUUUCCUGAAGGGCUUGUGCAAGAAGGGGCUGAAAUGCGAGUAUCUGCACGAGUACAACCUGCGCCGCAUGCCGGAAUGUCAAUCUUUCUCGCGGUCAGGAUACUGCCCUAACGGCGACGACUGCCUGUAUCAACACGUCCGUGAGGAGGCUCGCCUACCUCCAUGCGAACACUACGAUCGAGGAUUUUGUGAAUUGGGACCUCUUUGUGCCAAGCGCCAUGUGCGCCGUAAACUCUGCAAGUUUUACCUCGCUGGAUUCUGUCCCGAGGGCAAGGCAUGUGCUGAUGCGCACCCCCGUGGACGGAAAAUCUGCCACGUCCGACAAUGCGGACUGAGAAGACCGAGGAGGAGCUAG